AUGUUCGCCGCACGACAACGGGCAGGCCAAAUGGCCCGCCAGCUGCAGCGGACAGCUCGCGGCUACGCCUCCGACGCCCACAAGCCCGCCGCCGCGGCCAGCGAGUCCUUUGGGUCGGGAUCCAAGGCGACGGUCGCCCUAUUCUUCGGCGCCGUGCUCUUCUACCAAUUCACACCCAAGAAGGGCGAGGACUCGGCCAUCACGAGCCUCAUCCACAAGUACACGUCGCAGGCGGAGGACUGGGAGGAGAUCAACGCGCUGCACACAAAGGCCAUGGAGCAGGCCGGCUUCGACCGCAACCUGUUUGAGAACGCCUCCAACAAGCACCGAUUCGUCGACGUCGCCUACCCCGAGGCCUUCCAAUCCCACGCCCCGCGAAACAUCCAGGCCGGCCACCUGAUCAACCUGGACAGCGUCGUCGAGCACUACAAGCAGCAGCACGUCAAGGACGAGGAGCGCAAGGCCAAGAAGCUCGCCGAGCGGGAGGCUUGA